CACCGGCGGUGUCGGACGGGCGGUACCGGCGGGACGGGCCGGGCCGGGCGGACCCCGCGCACCCACCCCGGGUCGGCCGCGGCUGCGGGAGGCGGAGCGGAGCCGGCGGGUUGUGGCUGUACUAACACCAUUACUGGUUUGCCACUCUUAGAGUGUCCCCUUCUCGCAGUAUCUGUGCUUGCCCAUCAGACACUAUGAGGAGAUUGGCUUUUCGAGGUGCUGGUUCUACUCUGAAGAAGUUGGAUUCCAUGGGUUCCAAGAGGCGAAGAGCCACCUCUCCUUCCAGCAGCGUCAGUGGCGGCGACUUCGAUGAUGCCCAUCACUCCACCAAUGUACCAGGCCCAAGCAGGAAGAGGAGGCGACUUUCCAAUCUCCCAACUGUAGAUCCUAUUGCUGUCUGCCAUGAACUCUACAACACCAUCAGAGACUACAAAGAUGAGCAGGGCAGGCUCCUUUGUGAGCUCUUCAUCAGGGCACCCAAGAGAAGAAAUCAGCCAGAUUAUUAUGAAGUGGUUUCUCAGCCAAUUGAUUUAAUGAAAAUACAACAAAAGCUGAAGAUGGAGGAAUAUGAUGAUGUGAAUGUGCUGACUGCUGAUUUCCAGCUUCUCUUUAACAAUGCAAAGGCUUACUAUAAGCCAGAUUCUCCUGAAUAUAAAGCUGCCUGCAAACUAUGGGAGCUGUAUUUGCGCACAAAAAAUGAAUUUGUUCAGAAAGGUGAUGCUGAGGAGGAUGAUGAUGAUGAGGAAGGACAUGACAAUCAAGGAAAUUCUGAAUUAUCAUCUCCAGGUUACCUGAAGGAAAUUCUGGAACAGCUUCUUGAAGCUGUAGCUGUUGCCACAAACCCCUCAGGACGACUCAUAAGUGAACUGUUCCAGAAACUUCCUUCUAAAGUGCAAUAUCCAGACUAUUAUGCAAUAAUAAAGGAACCCAUAGAUCUUAAAACCAUUGCCCAAAGGAUACAGAAUGGAACUUAUAAAAGCAUUCAUGCCAUGGCCAAGGAUAUAGAUCUUCUGGCAAAGAAUGCCAAAACCUACAAUGAGCCUGGAUCCCAAGUAUUCAAGGAUGCAAAUGCGAUUAAAAAGAUUUUUAAUAUGAAAAAGGCUGAGAUUGAGCACAGUGAGUUGGCCAAGUCAAGUCUCCGAAUCAGGACUGCAUCAAAUUUGGCUGCUUCCAAGCUGACAGGUCCUUCCUCACAGGGUAAAGGCAGUGUUGGGGAUGAGAGAAAUUCUUCUAACAAAUAUUAUCGUAACAAAAGAUCAGCCCAAGGGGAUCGUUUAUCAGCAAUAACCAUGGCGUUGCAAUAUGGAUCAGAAAGUGAUGAGGAUGCAGCUUUGGCUGCUGCUGCUCGUUAUGAAGAGGGAGAGUCUGAAGCUGAGAGCAUUACCUCCUUCAUGGACACUUCUAAUCCUCUUUACCAGCUUUAUGACACAGUCAGGAGUUGCCGUAAUAACCAGGGCCAGCUCAUCUCUGAGCCCUUUUUCCACUUACCCUCCAAGAAAAAGUAUCCUGAUUAUUAUCAGCAAAUUAAAACACCCAUUUCAUUGCAGCAGAUCAGAACCAAGCUGAAGAACCAUGAGUAUGAGACUUUAGAUCAGUUGGAGGCUGAUCUGAAUUUGAUGUUUGAAAAUGCCAAGCGGUACAAUGUCCCCAAUUCUGCCAUCUAUAAAAGAGUUUUGAAAAUGCAGCAGGUUAUGCAGGCAAAGAAGAAGGAGCUUGCUAGAAGAGAUGACAUUGAGGAUGGGGACAGCAUGAUUUCUUCUGCUACAUCUGAUACUGGAAGCUCAAAAAGGAAAAGCAAAAAGAACAUCCGGAAGCAGCGGAUGAAGAUCUUGUACAACGCGGUUCUGGAAGCUCGGGAGCCCGGCACAGGCAGGCGGCUCUGUGAUCUCUUCAUGGUUAAGCCAUCCAAAAAGGACUACCCAGACUACUACAAAAUUAUCCUGGAGCCAAUGGACCUGAAGAUGAUAGAGCACAACAUCCGCAAUGACAAGUACGCGGCGGAGGAGGCCAUGAUCGAGGACAUGAAGCUCAUGUUCCGCAACGCCAGGCAUUACAACGAGGAGGGCUCCCAGGUGUACAAUGAUGCCCAUAUGCUGGAAAAGAUCCUUAAGGAAAAAAGGAAAGAGCUGGGACCCUUGGCUGAAGAUGAUGAUGUUGCAUCCCCUAAACUAAAGCUAAGUAGGAAAAGUGGCAUUUCUCCCAAGAAGUCCAAGUACAUGACUCCAAUGCAGCAGAAGCUGAACGAGGUGUACGAGGCCGUGAAGAACUACACGGACAAGCGCGGGCGGCGGCUGAGCGCCAUCUUCCUGCGCCUGCCCUCCCGCUCCGAGCUCCCCGACUACUACGUCACCAUCAAGAAGCCCGUGGACAUGGAGAAGAUCAGGAGCCACAUGAUGGCAAAUAAAUACCAGGACAUCGACUCCAUGGUGGAGGACUUUGUCAUGAUGUUCAAUAAUGCUUGCACAUACAAUGAGCCGGAGUCUUUGAUUUAUAAAGAUGCCCUGGUCCUCCAUAAAGUUUUGCUUGAAACGCGGAGAGAAAUAGAAGGAGAUGAGGAUUCUCAUGUGCCCAAUGUCACUUUGCUGAUUCAGGAACUUAUCCAUAACCUCUUUGUAUCCGUUAUGAGCCACCAGGAUGAUGAGGGCAGAUGCUACAGUGACUCCUUAGCUGAGAUUCCUGCUGUUGAUCCCAACUUCCCAAAUAAACCUCCUCUGACUUUUGAUAUUAUCCGAAAAAAUGUUGAAAAUAAUCGCUAUAGGAGAUUGGACUUGUUCCAGGAGAACAUGUUUGAGGUGCUGGAGAGGGCACGGAGAAUGAACAGGACUGAUUCGGAGAUCUAUGAGGAUGCAGUGGAACUUCAGCAGUUCUUCAUUAAAAUUCGAGAUGAACUCUGUAAAAAUGGAGAGAUUCUGCUGUCACCUGCUCUCAGCUACACCACCAAGCAUCUACACAAUGAUGUAGAAAAGGAAAAGAAGGAAAAACUGCCCAAAGAAAUAGAGGAGGAUAAGCUCAAAAGGGAGGAGGAGAAGAGAGAAGCUGAAAAGAGUGAAGAUUCCUCUGGAUCUGCUGGGCUGUCAAGUUUGCAUCGGACCUACAGCCAGGACUGCAGCUUCAAGAACAGCAUGUACCAUGUGGGGGAUUAUGUGUAUGUGGAGCCUGCAGAGGCCAGCCUGCAGCCUCACAUCGUCUGCAUCGAGAGGCUGUGGGAAGAUUCAGCUGGAGAGAAAUGGCUCUAUGGCUGCUGGUUUUAUCGACCAAAUGAAACUUUCCAUCUUGCAACACGAAAAUUCCUGGAGAAAGAAGUUUUUAAAAGUGAUUAUUACAGUAAAGUUCCUGUUAGCAAAAUUUUAGGCAAAUGUGUAGUCAUGUUUGUCAAGGAAUAUUUUAAAUUGUGCCCUGAAAACUUCAGAGAUGAGGAUGUCUAUGUGUGUGAGUCACGCUAUUCUGCAAAGACAAAGUCUUUUAAAAAGAUUAAACUGUGGACUAUGCCUGUGAGCUCUGUCAGAUUUGUCCCACGAGAUGUGCCCCUGCCUGUAGUCAGAGUUGCUUCUGUGUUUGCCAAUACAGACAAAGUAGAUGAGGAGAAACACAGUGAAACCCUGGAGGACAGUAAGGUGGGAGAAAGUAUCCUUCAUCUUGAAAAGGACAAAGAAGAUGUUCCAGUAGAAAUGUCCAACGGGGAACCUGGUUGCCAUUACUUUGAGCAGCUCUGCUACAAUGACAUGUGGCUGAAGGUUGGGGACUGUGUCUUCAUCAAAUCACAUGGGCUGGUGCGGCCUCGAGUGGGCAGAAUUGAGAAGAUGUGGGUGCGAGAUGGAGCCGCAUAUUUCUUUGGUCCAAUCUUUAUACAUCCUGAAGAAACUGAGCAUGAGCCAACUAAAAUGUUCUACAAGAAGGAGGUGUUUUUGAGUAACCUGGAGGAGACCUGUCCCAUGACUUGCAUUUUGGGAAAGUGUGUCGUUCUGUCAUUCAAAGACUUCCUCUCCUGCAGACCAACAGAAAUCUCCGAAAAUGAUGUUUUUCUUUGUGAGAGCCGCUACAAUGAAAGUGACAAACAAAUGAAGAAAUUCAAAGGGUUGAAGAGGUUUUCACUGUCUGCAAAAGUUGUAGAUGAUGAAAUAUACUAUUUUAGGAAACCCAUAGUUCCUCAGAAAGAGCCAUCUCCUCUCCUAGAAAAGAAGAUUCAGCAGCUGGAAGCAAAAUUUGCUGAGUUGGAAGGAGGUGAUGAGGACAUGGAAGAGAUGGGAGAAGAGGAAGGUGAUAUGACUGAAACACCUUCUAUGCCUCAGCUUCAGGCCCCCUUAGCCAGUGAUUUGGAUAUAAUGCCUUAUACUCCACCCCAGUCCACUCCCAAGUCUGUUAAGGGCAGCACCAAGAAGGAGGGAUCAAAAAGGAAGAUCAACAUGAGUGGGUACAUCUUGUUUAGCAGCGAGAUGAGAGCUGUGAUUAAAGCUCAGCACCCAGACUACUCCUUUGGAGAGCUCAGCAGACUUGUAGGAACUGAAUGGAGAAACUUGGAAGCAAACAAGAAAGCAGAAUAUGAAGGUGUUAUAGGCCAAAAUGUGUCCCCUAUGGUAGGCACUCCAGCACCAGGAGCAAGUCCUUUUGGACAGCAGAUGGGGAUCCUGGGCCCGCCGGGGCAGCAGGCGCCCCCGCCGUACCCCGGGCAGAGCCCCGCCAGCCAGCCCGUCAUGCAGCAGCCCAGCACCCCCAUGUUCGUCUCCCCUCCACCAAAGACACAGAGGCUCCUCCAUUCUGAAGCCUACCUGAAAUACAUUGAGGGGCUCAGUGCUGAGUCAAACAGCAUCAGCAAGUGGGACCAGACCCUUGCAGCACGGAGACGAGACGUGCACCUGUCCAAGGAGCAGGAGAGCCGGCUGCCCUCGCACUGGCUGAAGAGCAAGGGCGCUCACACCACCAUGGCCGACGCGCUGUGGCGCCUGCGGGACCUGAUGCUGCGCGACACGCUGAACAUCCGCCAGGCCUACAACCUGGAGAACGUGUAGGCACAGCACGCUCCUGCUCCAGGAGCCACGGGACAAUAGCUGGUUUAGUUACCGGGUGGGAAGAGAUAACCUACAAUAAUUUGUAUUGCAUUUUACUGUACAUUGCAAGACCAUUUUUAUAUAAGGACACUUUUAAUAAGCAUAUUUCACUUUUUGUUAUAUUAAGUUGACUUUAUCAAAUACACGGAUUUUUUGCAUAUGUUUCCUUUGUUUGAAAGGCGAUUUCAUAAUUGGUUGAGUGUAGUCAAGGAUUCAUCUUUCUUAUACUUUAUUGCUGAGAAUCUGAUGCCAUUGUUUUUAUAUUAAAAAAAAAAAAAGGAAAACAAAGUAUUUACAGAUUGAUACAGUGGAAUGUGAAUUAGUCAUAGUUUACAUCCUAUAAGAAUGUGUGUACCUGUGCUUGUGUGUGCUGGCCACUUCGGGCAGAACUGCUCGGGUGUGAACAGGGAGGAUCUCUUAAAAGAAGCUAAAGGUAAGCUGUGCUUUGGCACUAAGGAAUUUGGCAUUCCAAGUCAACACUGAGGCAGCUGAGUGGGCCACAGCCACCCUGGAAGUGCUGGUGUGGACAGGACAAAGGUGUCUCGACUGCUCAUGUUGUCCAGUCCUGUCCAGUUACCUAACUGUGUAGCCAAGGCCGUUGUGAUCCUAAAUCAGUAACACAGUCCCUGUGCUGGCAGGCCCUUAGAGGGGAAGUGUUUCAUCUGCCAUGGCCUGUGCUGGGGGUUCUGCAUGUCCCCAACACCCAGCAGUGGGACCGGGAAGCUCCUUCCCUGGGAGAUUCUGUCUGUGCUGGAAGAGGCUCGCAGAACUCGGAACCAGCCCAGGUCUUGGAAGGUAAGUUAGGAAGGAAAAGUGGAGUUGUUCUGUUAGUGAAGUAAUAUGAUGUUUUUUGAAAUUCACACAAUUGGGCAUUGUAAGACAGUUUUGUAUGCUUUUAAGUGUAUUCAUUAACCUUAGUGGAAGUUUUGCAAUGCAAAUUUGAGUGAAAUUGGAUGCUUAAAUUAACUUGAAAGUAUAAUACUACUGUAUGGUAUGUGUAAGGUCAGCAUACCCAGUACAUUGGAAAAAUAGAGUACUUGCAUUGCAGCCUUCAAAGGGUUUGGGGUUAUUUUGGUUUUGUGAUUUUUUUUCUUUUUUUUUUUUUAAAAUCUAAGUAAAGUAGGUAUUGACUCUUCUUGCCAAAUUUUGAGGUUGCGGCUGCCUUCUGCUAAAAACUUACCUGUCCUCAUAACUAACCAACCUUUUGGACUACAAAGUUAUCUAUUUAAAGGUAAAUCCUUUCAUUUAUUUAAUUUUGGAAAAAGUAUUAAUACUUUUGAAUUGCUUUAAGUAACUGGGAAAGCUCUAUGAAUUUGGGAAAAGUCAGCAGGAAUUUGGGCACUGCAACUCAGCCCAAAUGAACUGCUUUACUGAUACACUUCAUUUAUGCUAGAGAUAUUCAUCAUGUGGAAAUGACUUCUAAAGUCUUUUAGUACAGAACAUUUUCAUUUCGGUAUAUUUGGCAGAAGGUUAAAUUAAAUAUUUUCCUUCAAAUACUGGAUAUCUUGGGGUUUGUUUUGCUGAUGUGAUAAAUACUUAUGAGGGAAAUGACACUUGCAAAUAUAAACUGCGAUUUAAUUUUACUGGCCAAUUCCUCUCCCUCUCCUAUUGCGAUCUUCCAGUCAUUGCACAAAAUACCCCAGGUAAUUAUAAAUAGGCACUUAUAGAUGGUUUAGGUCACAUGUGCAAUGGAUGUGAAGGAAAUGGAGCAAAACAACAUAGAGGGAAAUUACAGUUUUGAACUCUACAAGUAGAACACUCAUGGUACAGAAAUUCUUUACUGGCCUUUGUAAAUUUCCAAUUUUAUUUAAUAAAGUAGAAAUGGAAUAGUCUUAGACCACCCCUAUAAAAUGUGUUUAAGUUACCAUAAGUUUUGCAGGUUUUAGCCACAAAGAUAGGAUGUUGAAGUGAAUCAGGCAGCAAAAUCCUAGUUUUUGAGCAUUUGGAACUAUCAUGGAUUGUACUAAUACACCACCAGAUUCUCCUCCUUCUCAGCAUUAACAAAAAUUACACCAAAGAACCUGGGAUGAAUUUAAUUAAAUUAUUGUUUUAUUUAUUUUCUUUUGAGGACUGGAUGGGACUCCCUUUGGAGCCUGUAUAACUCAGAUGUUUAAUUUAUCUGAAGGUCAGUGAUGAGCAGAUGUGCAGCACUGGCUCUCUCCUGCCAAGCAGCUGAAUCCCUCUUUUCACUGCUCUUUCUGGCCCAGGAGCAAGAGAUUGGAAGUGCAAACAAAACCUGGCUCCUCCCUCAAGGCAGUGCAGAGCACUACCACUAAGCCACUGGGCUGGCCCUGAUCAAUUAUUUUAAGCCUUAUUUAUUUCAGAAUCGUUUCUCUCUAUACUGGAGGCAUUUCAGUUGAUUGCAGUGAAAUUUAGGAUAUAAUGGCUACAGUCUAGAAUUCAAAACCAGCAAAAAAAACCUUUCUCAUUCUGGUUUAAAAAAAAAAAAAAAAAAGACAUGUCUGUCUGUCUCUUUUUCUCUUUGUGGGUGUUUGAGCCCCUCAUCUGUUUUUCACUGCCGUUCAUUGUACUGGCGUAAACAAAACUUUCAUUUUAAAAUAAAAGGAUGUGUGGGCAAUGGUUGGCUUCUGUGAGAGUGGAAAAUAGAUAAAACUAGGACAGGUAUUUUCAUAAACCAGUUGGAGACAACUAAUAAUUAUUUGUUCUCUUCCUCAGUCCUUCCCUUCCAUGAGAAAAUUUAUUGUUUGUGUAAAAAUUCAAGAUGUUGAUGUUGGUGACUUUUUUUCAGCAUAUGUUUUUGUACCUGGUUUAUCCAUGCUUGGCUUUUCAUUAGAUCUUGUACUGCUGAAGGCUGAGCUGCUAACCAGGUUUAUAACAUGUAUGUACCAUCACUUUGUUUACCUGAGUCUUUUUAAUUUGAAUAAAAAUAGUUGGCAAAGUGUUUUGGAUUAA